AUGCCAUGCAAUGACACUCUGAGGAUUGUGGCAAGCACAGGUGGGACAAUGGUCCGUGUCUUCUCUGACGCAGGUCACGUGGACGUGUACCUGGACUCUCCGGGAGCGAUGAUAGACAUAAUGGUUGGUGGAAAACUCUCGUCCUCUCUGCUGCCGUCAUCCCCUUGCCCUGUUGUAAUAGUAUACGUCACGACGCGAUGGAUUCAGGCGCAAAUGACCGGCACAAGUGCAAUGGUGAGGUCCAACAACCCUGUGCUUGUCGUGCAGAUCCUUCUCGACUUUUUCAAAACUCUUAGCACGGGCAUCAGCGUGCUCACUCCUGUUUCCCAGUACGUGAACUUUGCUCGGCUGAACCUACCAAUUUGGUCCGGAUUUUCAGAUUACAUCAUGGUCACAUCGCUAGAUGCCACCAACAACGAUAAUCUCCAGCUCGGAUCUACGCCUGUCUCCAUGACCUUCGAGCCACUGACCAACGUGACCUUCUUCGUCAGCAACGCGCUCACACAGAGCUUUAUCCAGCUGGACUCGGGAGUCCUAGGCUUCACAUUCGGAGGUCACGCUUACAGCGCGAGUGCAGACAAGGCAACGUUCACCACUCUGCCUUCCGGGAGCGAGCUCAUCUUCGAGACAUCGACGGAGACGGAAUGUAUGACGAAGAUUGUGACGAGCCGCCAG